CAUCAUCAGAACGAGGUAAUCAACUACAUGCGGUUUGCUCGAUCCAAGCGUUUGUUGAGGCUCAAGACUGUGGAUUCCUGCUUCGAAGAACUUAAAGACAGCAGAUUGGUGGAGGAGACCUUCACAGUGGAUGAGGUGCGCGACAUGCUGGACGGGCUGCACGCGGUGGUGCGAGGCGAGGUGGAGAUGGAACUCAUCAAUACGGCGCACACCAACGUUCUGCUGCUGCGCCAACUCUUCUUUCAGGCUGAAAAGUUCUACUUGCGCUUGCAGACCGACAUUUCAGAGCUGGAGAACAGGGAACUACUAGAGCAAAUAGCAGAAUUUGAGAAGACUGACUUUAAAGUUUCCCAUAAGUUGAACCAGGAAAGCAGCAAACCCAAGCUGGCACCACUUAACGAAAGCGGCGUAUCGCAACUUUUAAACAAGGAGAUUGCCAAACUGCAGGAGGAGAAUGAGAAACUGAAGGCUAAAAUGCGCACUUUGGAAUCACAGGCAAUGAACGUACUGGACGAGAAGACCAAAGCCCAGAAAGCCCUAGAAGACCUUCGGAAGGUGCAAGGUGACGAGCAGCUAUCGGCUCAGUCCAAGGAAAUCAGCUGCCUGGAGGACACGGUGGCAGCCCUCAAGGAGGACUACGAGCGCUCGCUGACUGUCAACGCUGCCUCGAAGAAAGACCUGCAGGAGAACCUGGUGUCCACCAAACACGAACUCCUACGAGUGCAGGAGCAGCUAGCUCUGGCAGAGAAGGAACUAGACAAGAAGUUUCAGCAAACAGCGGCCUAUCGCAACAUGAAGGAGAUUCUGGCCAAGAAGAAUGAGCAGAUUAAGGAAAUUAGGAAACGCUUGCAGAAAUACGAGCCCGACGAAUGA